GGCAAGUUGGGGGAGGGCUGCUGCAGUGCAGUGUGAGCUCAGGGAGGCUGGGGAAAGAGGACGUGGAGUGCAGGUAUGCAUGUGUGCAAGUGUAGAGAGGCCUAGGGAAGGGGAGCAAUGGUUAUGUUUGUGUGUCUGUGUGAAUACAAGAAAGCCAGGAAAUGAGGGUGCUGGUGAGUGCGUGCCUGUGUGAGUGCAGGGAGACUGAGGACAAAGGGCAUUGGUGAGUUCAUAUGUGUGUUUGAGUGCAGGGAGCUGGGGAACAAGGGCAUUGGAAUGAGAGAAAGAAAAGGGGGAAGAAGAUUGCACUGCAUUGAGUGAAGAAAGGCUGGGUGAGGGGGAGAAUUACCCAAGCGGCUUGGGUCCUUCUCUGCUGGCUUCCCCAUUGACCUGCUUGUUGGCUGAGAAGGUCUACAAUAAGAUCUUCGUAAGUGGCCGUAAGUGCAAACUGGUUUCCAAGCAUCCAAAUUUUGUUCAUGUGAUCAUGGGGAGCUGCAACGGCCAGAACUUCAAGUUGUAAGUCUCUUUGUUCAGUACAAUACUCACAAUGUUGGACAUUCUCUGAACUAAUAGUCAUAAUUCAAGAGUUGUCUGAAUUAUCUACAUAGUAUAAAAAUAUUUUAAAAAAUUAAAGUUAAUCGAAGUGGUUCGUGAACUAAAAAAACGAAAUGUCCAAGAGAACAAAAAUAGCUUUUCUUGCUUCUGUAAAGAUCACAACGUAUGCCAAGCAAGGAACUCCAGGAGGAACAUUCCAUAAGUGAGGACUUAUCAUUGAGCACUUAUCACUUUCCUGUUGCCACUAGGUUUGACUCAUUUAGCUAGGGAAACUGAAAGAGGGUUUGAUACAAUGAUUGUAUCAGGUUGGUCAUAUAGGAGAUGGUCCUGUCAAAUAACCUGGUCUCAAGUCCUGUUGAACUUUUAAAUAGGACAAGACAUAUUUUUUUUUUAUUUUGAAGAUUUAUUGAUGUUAGUCCACUGGCUUCGUAUGCACAUCCCAUUAAUAUAAUUUGAUCAGUUGGGUUUAGAAAUGAAGCGUCAGCUUGGGCAGAUGCCCAAAUACUAAUGUCAUAGCGUAAUGUAUAAAACACAUCAUACAAAUAGUAUGUGGAAGUAAUGUUGUGCAAGACGAAUACGUGGAGCAAAACAAAGUCAGAAAAGUUCAAAAAAUAAUUGCGUUUUCAUUUAACUAAGGUUGCAAGAGUUCAGGAGACUUUGAGCCAAAUGUUAUAUUGUGCAAGUCACCACACUGUAAAAAGAUGAUGAUAGACUGUUUGCUGCAUAAAAUUAACUCUUUCCCUUCCCUUCAAACAUAGAGGAACAUGGGGAAAAGAACAAUGGCUUUGCAUUCUUAGAAAAUUUUCAGAAGAAUUAUAACAUGCCACAGGACAGCCAGUUAUUGAUUAUAUCUCACCCUCAAACCAAAUGCCAGUCGGUAGUGUAGACAUUUUUCAAAAAUACGUUGAUAUUUAUUUAACUAAUUAACCAAGGGAUAUAAAUUCCCCACCCUGUGGGCACCUAACACUUUCCUUAGAAUUGAAUCAUCAUUUGCUCUGGGUUUAGUUAUUUUAUAUGAAAGAAAAACCUUUUCACUAUGUUUAGUUUUUUUCAAUGCUUUCUGAAGUUAUUUGAAAUUGGUGUCACCAUUGUUGGCUAGAAAUAAAUUGAGGAAGAGAAUAAGUAGAGAAAGAGUGAGUUUAGUGUAGUGCUAAGGUGCCAAGAAAAAUUAAUGCCAAAACCAUUAAUUUGUAUCUCCCAGGUCUUAGGAAAAAGCCAGCCAGCUCUUUUCCAUAGUUCCUGAGUUUGAUUAUAGGGUUAAAGAUUAAUGGCAUUUUAUCAGGUUUCUAAUACUGCUUUGCUGAACAUUUGGGACUUUUGCCCUGGCUCCCUGAGUUAGACAGAAUAGUUUGGCAGCAGCUGGAGGAGAGAACAUUGGCCAUGGCAGCAGAAGCUUUAGAACAUUAUUGUGGCUCUGUUUUCUGGAAUUCCUCUUUCCUGGACCACAAUGAUGCCGAUCUGCCACUUUGUUUUGAACAGACAAUUCUUGUCUGGAUCCCUCUGGGCUUCCUUUGGCUCUUUGGCCCAUGGAAGCUUCUUCCCAUGUGCAAAUCUAAGCUGAAGAAAUCAUCAGUCACCAGGCUGUAUGUCAUGAAGCAGGUGCUGACUUCACUGCUCUUACUGAUGGCAUUAACUGAAGUGGUUUUUACCAUUGUUGAAGACUCAGGGAACCUACAGUACCCCAUCUUUAGUAAUGGAAGACCUGCUGUCCAGUAUACAAAUCCUGUACUCUAUUCCGUCACUUGGAUACUUGUUUUGCUGAUCCAUGAUAGCUGUCGUUUCACUGUGUGCAGAGAUUCGGGGAUUCUUUUCCUUUUCCUCAACUUCUCUUUAAUCAAUGGUAUAUUUCAGCUCCAGACACUUAUCCGGCAAGCAGUGCAGGGUGCCAUUACAGAUGUACCACGUUUCAGCUUCUUCCUUGGGUCCUAUGGACUUCAACUACUCUUAUUGUCUAUUUCAGUUAUUUCUGAUGUUGCUCCUGAAAUGAAGGAAGCUGCAAAGAAAAACCCCGAGAUCACAGCCUCUUUCCUGAGUUCCAUCACUUUCCAUUGGUAUAACAGUAUGGUGGUAAAGGGAUAUCGGAAACCACUAGAGAUUGAUGACCUCUGGGAUUUGAGGGAUUCGGAGAAGACACAACAGGUUUUUUGCACAUUUGAGAAGAGUAUGAAGGUUGGGGUCAGAAAGGCUCAACGAAAACUAGAGAUUUGGCAUCGGAAGAGGAAACAGCAUUUAACAGCCACUGACCUGACAAAUGGCUUGAGCAAGGCCCAGAGUCAAGAUGCAUUAGUCCUGGAAGAGAAGGAGAAAAAGCCCAAGAAAGUGGUGAUUGCUGGAGAACAAUCCAAAGAUUACUAUGCUAAACACUGGUUAAUUGUUGCUUUGUUUCAAACCUGUGCUGGAAAGCUUCUGAAAUCUGUGGCACUGAAGGUGGUACAUGAUUUUCUGGUGUUUGUGAAUCCACAACUGCUGAAGAUGAUGAUCAACUUUGUAUCUGAUCCAAAAGCCUACCCUUGGCAGGGGUAUUUGUUUGCACUGCUGCUCUUUGUGACUGCAUUGGUGCAGUCUUUCUGCCUACAGCAGUAUUUCCAGCUGUGUUUUGAAGUUGGAAUGAAUUUACGCACUUCCCUUAUGGCUGCCAUCUACAAAAAGGCACUUACAGUCUCCAAUGUUACACGGAAGGAAUCAACAGUGGGCGAGACAGUGAAUCUGAUGUCUGUAGAUGCCCAGCGUUUCAUGGAUUUCGCAGUCUAUAUGCAUCAGCUGUGGUCAUCUCCACUGCAGAUUAUUAUAUCUCUUGUCUUUCUGUGGGCUGAGCUGGGGCCCUCUGUGCUUGCUGGGAUUGGUGUGAUGGUGCUACUUAUCCCUUUAAAUGGUGUGCUGGUCUCUAAAUCCAGGACUAUUCAGGUGAAAAAUAUGAACCACAAGGAUGAACGCAUGAAAAUAAUGACUGAAAUUCUUAAUGGUAUCAAGAUCCUGAAGUUCUUUGCUUGGGAGCUCUCAUUUCAGAAGCAAGUUGAAAAGAUCCGGGCUUUGGAAUUGAAAGGACUGCUGCGCUUUUUCCAUCUACAAUCAGUUGGCAUCUUCCUCUUCUCUUGUGCACCUUUCCUAGUCUCUGUGGCUACCUUUGCUGUCUAUGUGAUGAUAGAUGAGAACAACAUCUUGGAUGCACAGAAGGCCUUUACUUCUAUAGCUCUCUUCAAUAUCUUGCGCUUCCCGCUUUCCAUGUUUCCAUUGACACUGUCCUCCAUGGUGCAAGUGAAAGUAUCUACUGAUCGACUAGAGCGAUACCUGGGUAGUGCAGACCUGAACACUUCAGCUAUAUGGCAUAAUUCCACCCCUGCCUGUGCUGUGAAAUUUCACGAGGCCUCUUUUGCCUGGGAACAGGAUUCUGAUGUCACUGUAAAAGACAUCACCUUGGAAAUUGCUCGUGGAAGCCUUGUAGCCAUAGUGGGGUCUGUGGGAUCAGGAAAAUCUUCAUUGAUAUCUGCCAUGUUGGGCGAGAUGGAGAACAUCAAGGGACACAUCAAUAUUCAGGGCUCUAUGGCCUAUGUGCCUCAGCAAGCAUGGAUACAAAAUGCAACUUUGAAAGACAACAUCCUUUUUGGGUCCCCCCUCUAUGAGGCUCGAUAUCAACAAGUGUUAGAGGCCUGUGCUUUGCUUCCUGACCUACAAUUGCUUCCAGGAGGAGACCUGACUGAGAUUGGAGAAAAGGGAAUUAACCUGAGUGGAGGUCAGAAGCAACGCGUUAGCCUGGCUAGAGCUGUGUACAACAAUGCGGAUACCUACUUAUUGGAUGAUCCCCUCUCAGCUGUGGAUUCCCAUGUAGGACGGCACAUUUUUGACAAAGUGCUUGGGCCAGAAGGACUGUUACAGAAUAAGACACGGAUCCUAGUGACUCAUAACUUAAGCUUCCUUGCACAAGUUGAUGAUAUUGUCGUAUUAGAGGCUGGAUCUGUCACGGAACGUGGUUCCUACAAUACCUUACUGGCAAAUAGUGGAUCAUUUGCUCAGUUGCUCAACACAUAUGGCAACCAGCAGGAUAAUAUACAUGAAGAAGAAGCUAUGGCAGGCAUAGAAGAAGAGCAGGAACUGGAUGAUUAUCCUGAACUUGUAACUGAAGAGGUGCCAGCUGAUGUGGUGACUAUGACACAGAAGAAUGAGGCCAGUGUCCAACAAAAAAUCUUCAACCGCAGCCGCAGUACCAGCAGUAACAUAUCUAUCAGGAAGAGUCAUCAAGGGCAUUUGAAUGACAAGAAAACAAUGACAGAGUUUAAAGGACAGAGAUUGAUUGAUAAGGAAGCCAUGGAAACUGGCAGGGUGAAGCUAUUUACAUAUCUGCGAUACUUUCAUGCUGUCGGUUGGGGCCUCUCAUUAAGCAUCCUCAUCGGUUAUAUUGGGCAAACUGCAUCCUCCGUUGGUUUCAACCUCUGGCUUAGUGACUGGACGAAUGAUGCUCUACGCUAUGAGAAUAAGACCUAUCCAGUCACAGAACGUGAUAUGCGUGUUGGAAUCUAUGGAGUGCUGGGUGUAAGCAACAGUUUCUUCCUGCUGAUCUCAAUUGUUCUUGCUUCCUUUGGUACUAUCCGAGCUUCCCGGAUCCUGCACAAACAGCUCCUCAGUAAUAUCCUGCGCGUGCCUAUGAGUUUCUUUGACUCAACACCAACUGGUCGUAUAGUGAACAGAUUUGCCAAGGAUAUUUUCACUGUGGACGAGACUAUUCCAAUAUCACUUCGCUCCUGGAUGAACUGCUUCUUUAUGAUUCUCAGUACUCUAGUGAUAAUUUGCUUAGCUACGCCUUAUUUUGCAAUUAUCAUCCUGCCUUUGGGAAUCGUGUACUACUUCAUUCUACAAUUCUACGUGGCUACAUCCCGCCAGCUACGACGUUUGGACUCUGUCACCAGGUCUCCAAUUUAUUCCCAUUUUGGUGAGACAGUAUCUGGUCUUUCUGUCAUCCGGGCUUUUGGGCACCAGGAGCGCUUCCUGCAGCACAAUGAGAAGAUUGUGGAUAUGAAUCAGAAGUCUGUUUACUCUUGGCUUGUUUCCAACAGGUGGCUGGCUGUGCGACUAGAAUUGGUGGGGAAUUUUACAAUUUUCUUUGCAGCACUUCUAGCAGUCUUUGUUAAAGAUUCCUUGAACGGUGGCAUUGUGGGACUCUCAAUCUCCUCGGCUCUGAAUAUAACUCAAACUCUGAACUGGUUGGUGCGAAUGACAUCGGAGCUGGAGACAAACAUUGUGGCUGUAGAGAGAGUGCAUGAAUACACAGAAAUUGCAAACGAGGCACCAUGGGUGACAACACAGAGACCACCUUCUCAGUGGCCCAACAAUGGAGAGAUCACUUUUAUGGACUAUAAGGUUCGGUAUCGGCCUGAGCUAGAGCUAGUUCUAAAUGGGAUCAACUGUGAUAUCAAAGGUACUGAGAAGAUUGGUGUGGUGGGCCGAACAGGAGCUGGGAAAUCCUCUCUCACAAAUUGCCUCUUUCGCAUUUUGGAAGCAGCUGGAGGAAAGAUCUUAAUCGAUGGACUUGAUAUAGCAACACUUGGCCUUCAUGACCUACGUGAGAAACUCACUAUCAUCCCACAGGAUCCUAUUCUCUUUUCGGGGAGCUUGCGUAUGAAUCUGGAUCCAUUUGAUCAGUAUUCAGAUGAAGACAUCUGGCAUGCUCUAGAAUUGGCACACCUGAAGUCCUUUGUACAAGCUCUACCUGAAGGGUUGUCUUCUCCAGUGAGUGAAGGAGGAGAGAACUUGAGUGUGGGGCAGAGGCAGCUUGUAUGCCUGGCACGAGCCCUGCUUCGUAAAACCAAAAUCUUGAUUCUGGAUGAAGCAACAGCUGCUGUAGAUAUGGAAACUGAUCACUUGAUCCAAGAGACAAUCCGAAGUGAGUUUGCCAACUGCACCGUAAUCACCAUUGCCCAUCGGUUACAUACCAUCAUGGACAGCCAUAGGGUGAUGGUACUUCAGGAAGGAAAGAUUGUAGAAUUUGACAGCCCUGAACAGCUGCUUCAACAGCAAGGCAUCUUUGCAGGGAUGGUCAGGGAAGCUGGCAUAACAAGAAGUCAGGACACGGCACUUUAGAGGAAUGGGAGUUCAAGGCAGAAAGAUCGUCCGUGGCAUUGCAAUUUUGCUUGAUCUGCCAUAUAUGAAAAAUGUUACCAACGCUGCUAGUGCCAUAUACUCUUAAAACACAAUAAUUUAUUGAGCAUUUCCUGAUACUUAAGGCAGCUUUAUUACUUUUUGGUCAGUAUCAGCAUGUGCUUGUUUACCUGGAAAGAAAUAGAGGUUAGGCAUCAUGCUAAAAUGUUACCACAGGGUCACUAUGUGAAAACAAGGAAUAAAAUGUGGGAAACUAUUGUAAGCAAUCCAGAUUUCAUACUCUCCUUGCAUGUAUGUUGUAUAUAGUUUUUGAAGGUUGGCUUUUAUAUUAUUAUCCUUAGAGGUGUCUUCAAGAUAGGCUGAGUUAUUGUCCUCCUUGCUGGCUAAAGAUCUAGAAGAUGCAAGCCAACAGUGGGAGAUAGCAUAGUGAAACCGGCUACUAGCAGAUUAUUUUCAAACUUUUGGUCUUUAUUAAAAAAAAUUGAAGGUCAUAAAAAGAUUCCAGAAGUAUUUUGGACUUAUCAUAAUGCUUGUAAGAUAAAUUUCUCUUAUUUAGUUUUUGAUAUAUACUUUGACCAGUUAUUACUGGACUUAAAAAAGUAACCUUUUAUAAUUAUUUAUAAAAUUUAUUUAGCCAUCUUUCUCCCCCAAAGAAGACUCUGGGCAGCACACAUAACAGCCUCUAGUUAGAUUUCCUGAAUAUGGAAAAUAAUUUGUAUACUAGGAGAAGGAGCAUUGUUUCUGUCCAAAAUAAAUACAAGUAAUGUGAGAAAUAUAUUUUAUUUACACAACAGCAACUCAAGCAAGUUACUCAGAAAGCAAAAUGCAGCUUUUACAUUCUGCUGUUUCCCCCAGAGCAUAAAUGCUCCCCUUCCAACUGUGACCUGAGUCAGGGACAAAAUAAUUGCAGCCUUGCCCUUACUCAGAUACUGCAGCGUGCAAGAUGAGCACCAAACCUAUCUAAGGUUGAACCAAAGAAUUAUUUUGCCCAACAGCAAACAGUGUUAAGUAAUACUGAGACAGGGAAAUGACACAUGGAAUACUUGCUUCUUGGUGGCAAUAUUCAGCAACUUCUCUGAACCGUCUUUUUGUUAGGCUCUCUCCUUACAGGGCUGAAGAGACAUGGUUUCACAAAGGGCAGAAAUACCAACAGCUAUUUGCCAUAACUAUUAGGUUCAGCUACACUACACCUUUGAUCACCAGCUGCUGGAGGACAACAGUAAGAUUGGGCCUUAAGAGGCUAUUUUAUUUGUUUCUGUAUAUCCUGCCUUUAUUAUUUUUAUAAAUAAUUCAAGGCAGCAAACAUACCUAAUACUCCUUUGGCGAUCCUUCUGAAAUACUGGACUAAUGAGACCCUCAUUAUCUUAACUGGCUCCCUUCUCAUGCUUUUGUACCAAUAGUCAGAUUUUUCUCUUGGCUGCAGGAUUUCCAGCUAGUUUUCAAUCCAGUUAGUGGACUGAAUGUCUACCUCAAAUGGAAAUAUGAGCUCCACACAGCACUGCUAAGAGGAAGACAAGGCUGUCUCA